AUGAAAAUUUCUCCAUUCUGUAUUUCUCAUUUGAAUAAACGACGUGGUUCUAGUGGGAAAACCCAUUUCACACUAUCCUUGAUGAGUAAUUAAAAAAGGUGUGACAGGCGUAAUUUCAGUCGGUCAAGAAGGAAUACAUAAACAUUCCUUUGCGAAUCGUCGAGGAAUUCAACAAAUUCUGAGCAAAGCGUUAUUUAAAAAUGGCGUCGAACGACGCUCGUAGCUAACCCUCUCUGCCAUAUUUCCUCAAAUUUCAUGGUUCGCAACGGUUCAAUUCAAUGUACUUAGAGUAGGAUCACUUCUUCAUCAACGACUGAGAGCAAAUCGUGCCGUUUACGUUCCAAGAAAAGCGUGAUUAAGAGGAGGAGCUUGUGACGUGUCAUUAUACCUGUACAUCGAAUGUCGACCCACGUUCAUUAUUCGUUCAUUCAAUUUGGUUAAUUGGCAGUCUACUCCUUCCAAGCGAAACCUCUCGCACAAAGAGUUUGAAUCUCUCGACACGAAUAUGGGAAACAUGUGCAACGACAUAAUGGCCAGAGUGCCGUACGCCACUCUGAUAGCAACGAUCAUGUGUUGUCUUGGAGUGGGAAUAUUUUGUGGUACUAUGUACCGCGGCGCCACACUUGCCUCCUUGAUGUUAGACCAGGUGUUUCACCAGCGACUUACUUGGCUUGAAGCAGUGCAGCUCAUUUUUGCCAUAGUAGGAGCGAGCAUGGCAGCUCUUGGAUUCAUGAUACUAUGCGUCGGAUGCCUAGCAACCGGUGCAACAAGGCACAGAGUAUAUCGAGCUUGGAGAUCUAGAGUCGGUGGAAGGAUUUCUUGUGCAGUUUUUAUGACGAUCACUUACAUUCUACAACUUGGCUGGCUGCUUAUAUUCGCCUUUCUCGUGAUAACAACUUUGAUCUUCAGUAUAUUUUGGGGGAUGUGCAGCCACCCCAGAGUUCAAUCGCUUGAUCAAUGUAUAGAUUUCACACAGUUCGAUUUUCUAUUCCCGAAUAAUACACGAGUGGAAGAUAUGAAGGUGUGCGGUUCACAAGAAGUAAAACUAUUUUGCAAGGAUUACGUGGAAAAGGCGGAAGUAAUGUUUAUUCUGGCAACAGUCGCUUCUCUCCUCGUUGUUCUCAGUUUGAUUCAUUAUUUGAUGUGCCUUUCGGCGAACUACGCACACAUCCGAGAUCACGAAAAAUUCCAAGAAUUGCAGGAGCUCCAAUACCUGCAAGAUCCGGACAUAGAUUCACCGCAGCCACCCCUUGGGUCAGCUCAUGCAAAAAAUAGAUACUAGGAUACGGCCCGCGGGAUCUAUGCCAGUCAUCCGUUAUAAGCUUCGCGUCUAAAGUGCGAAUUCACAACUUUCAUCAUUUCUUCAACAUGUCCGUCCGAGCGCCUUCAACAUUGUUUCCUGUGCUUAGGUUUACGAUUAAUAUUAACAGUUCUUGCUCACUGACACUCCCAUCGAUUCACUGGUCACAGAUCUCGCGGGAAAAUGGUACUAUGCCGUCCAUUAUUUCUUGUAAAGAAAAUAUAAUGUAAUCUAAUAUUAUUAGUUUUCUAUGUUAUAAAAGUGGAGAAAACUCACAAUGCGGGUUGCUAAAUCUUGCGGCAGUUUUUAGGGUUUAAAACAUAUCUUAGCAGAUUAAUUAUUGGUGUAUCUUAUAGUUUAUGUGGUUAUUAUAAAGGACUGACGAUGGGUUGUUCAAGCGGUGUAGCAUUGCAUGCUGCACAUUGCACUAACCAUUGGUGGUUAAACACAAAUCUCAUUACGUUUUGUCUUGUCUAAUCAAAUAUUCAUUAUACUAUAUUAACGUAUUUGCGUAUGUAUACACGGUAAAGAUCAGUCACCAUUGUUUAUAAUGAUAACAUAAGAUUGUUAUUACUAUUUUUGUAUUAUGUAUCUAUCCGUAGUCAGACAUAUUGACUAAGAGCAAGAUGUCAAGGCAAACUUAUUUAAUCCUAAUAUCAAUAUCGAGUAUUGUGCGCAGUACCAAGUACUGUACCAGUGCUAAUAUAUGUGUUCGACCAAUUAGUUAUAUGUAAAUGACAUUCCAAAAUGUUACACAUCAAUAUUAAACUUUAACGUAUUAGGCGAAUAAGUAUUAUAAACAUAUGUCGAAACAUUGAUGAGUGUAUUGCGAGGUAAUCAUUGCUCCGAGAUUUUUUAUAAGUGAUAUAUAUGUUUAAGUAUAUACACCACAUAUUUUAUACGAAUGACGAAUAAAAAUUAAAUAAAACAGUGA